CAUUUGCAAACACCACAGAGAUUAUGCAAAGUGUGGCGCCUUUUAAAUGUGUGUUUGAAUGUGGAGCCAUUUGGUCCUACGUGCCUCCCUCCCUGUUCUGCAUCUGACAUUAAGCCUUCCUCUAUGCCUCAGACGUCCAUUCAUUUCUGAGUCAGCAUGCUUCUGUUGCUGUCUGUCAGGAGAGUAUCAGGACAGUGAUGGGGAGUGUCGCGCGUGUGAUGCAACGUGUCUGAAGUGCACAGGGCCGCGAAGAGAGGACUGCAUCAGCUGUGGCUCUUCACGAGCUUUGGAAGAGGGGCACUGCGUGGCCGAAUGUGCAAAGGGCAAGUACCGCUCAGGUGGACAGUGUCACCUGUGUGACCACACAUGUGCCACAUGUAAGGAUGCAGGGCCUGCCAACUGUACCAGCUGUGACACAGAUAAAUUUGGAGUGGAACGUUACCUGCAUCAAGGUCAGUGUCUGGACGCCUGUCCUGAGACCUUUUACCACACAAGUAAGAGAACCUGCCAGCCCUGUUCGGAAAACUGUCGGCUCUGCUCCAGCCCAAACCACUGCUUGCAGUGCAACUCCUCUUUCUACGUGUCUGAUGGGCAGUGUGUGAAGCUGGAGUGUGGAGAAGGGGAGGUGGAGGAUCCAGAUUACGAAGAAUGCAUGCCCUGCGAGGAAGGCUGCAGGAAGUGUGUCCUGUAUAACCCCAGGCACUGUCUGUCCUGCAUUGAGGGCUUUUACAACUUUCAGGACGGCUGCUACAAAAACUGCCCGGCAAAGACGUACAGCGUGGAGGAGGAGAUGACCUGCGCUCCAUGCGAAGACGACUGCAUGAGCUGCGAUGAGCACGAGUGCUACUGGUGUGAGGCAGACCUGUUAUUAUCAGAGGGGCAGUGUGUCUCGGUGUGUCCCGAUGGUUUCUACGGCAAUGAAGACCUUAACGAGUGUGAAGAGUGUCACCCGGACUGCGCCACGUGUAGCGGCCCAGAGAACGGAGACUGUCUCUCAUGUGAAGAGGGGAGGACGCUCGCAAACGGGGAGUGCGUGCCGGAACGCGAGGUCUGUCCCAUUAAGACCUUUCUCAACGAUUAUGGGGUAUGUGAAGACUGUCACCCAUCCUGUGAAUUCUGCUCCGGUCCGGAGAAAAACCAGUGCACCAAAUGUGGGAAAGGGAGAUUUCUGACCAUGCAGCAGACAUGUGUGUCGAAGUGUUCUGUGGGUUUCUUCGCCAGCCAACUGAGCGGUGUGUGCGAGGCCUGCCCUCAGGGCUGCUCGCUGUGCGCCGACGCUCUGCGCUGCAGCCGCUGUCAGAGCUCGCGCCGGGCUCCGCUGUUCCUGCAGAACGGACAGUGUGUUACAGAGUGUGUCAGGUCAGGAAUGUGUCCUGUUGCUGCUUAAUUUCUGACUCAUUUAACUGCACUCACAAUUAUCGCUCUAGCUCUGCUUGACAGCUGAUGUUUAUCCGUUUGUAAAAAAAAUAUGUAAGUUUGCAGGAAGUAAUAUGGUCUAUUUACAUCAGGAUCGAUAUUUAAUUCACAUAUGUGCAGACAUAUUUGUCGUCUUUUUUUUUUUUUCUAUCUUCAUUGGUCAUUAAACUGUGAUGUUCCCAGACAUAGACAUAAUUCCCAGCGCUCCAUUAGCACUGACAGAUCUGGUUUAGACAUGCAGCUCUUAUCAUAUUCAAAUUCUGCCAAAUUUCCACACACAGUCAGGCUCGUGUUUGACUUGAUAAAUUAUUAGUUGUCUUCUUUAUUGAAGAGCUGUGGGAGUAAAUUGUGCACGUCCAUUUGCGUGUGUAGCCCAGGAGCACUUAAGAUUCUUUGAUCUUUUCAUAUGCAUUAGAAGUCAAAUUGUAUAAUAAAUGAAACCAAAACACAACAAUUUAUGGGUGUAGCUUCAUUCUCCUCAACAUGUUAUUUUCCAGGCGUUUUCAUUGAGUUAAGGAUGAUGCUGAAGAGAUAUAAUUUUGCUGAUGCUGGAGAAUAAACACAGUCAGAAUAUAAAUUGUCUCGUAGAAGUACUCAUACGCACUUUUGUCUCGUUAUCGUUACAGACUUCGUUGACUUUUAUUAGGAUUUCGCACCAAUGUGUAAAUGAGGAAAAUUGCAAAGUGGAAGCAGAAUGAUAAACAGUUUGCAACAUUUUUUUUGCUUGUUUUUUACUACAAAAAAAAAGAAAAGUGUAGAACACAUUUGUUUUCAAUCCCCUUUAUUCCAAUACAGCUAUAAAAAAAAAUCCAGUACAUUAAUUUACUUUCAGCAGUCACCUAAUUUACUUAAACAUCCAGCUGUUCUGUGAAGUAAUCAGAGGCUUUUUUUGAAGGAUUAUGAAGACAAAAGAACACAGAAGCAAAUUUGCAGAGAUGUUAAAAGCAGAAUUGUGUCAUAAAUCAGCAUCCAAUUCUUUUAAACAUCUCAAGAUGUCGUGUGGCAGAACUUCAAACCAACCAAGACACAAAAGGGGAGAUCAGUAACUAUGGCAACAGCCAAGAGUUUUGUGUAAAGAUCCAGACUGCAGGUUUGUUUGGUCAGAUUUGUUUCUGACAUACCAAAUUGUUGUGGUGUGGUGCCAGAAGGAAGUUGUGCUUGACCAUGUUCAUCAAGACAGAAACAUUGAAUGUACAGCAAAGACCACAGCAGAAUGGUUUG